AUGGCGACCAACGCUCCGCUCCUGGGCAAGGCCGCCCACAGCAAGGCAUCGAUCUUCUAUGGAGCAGAUGAGUAUCUCGAGGAGCUGAAGAAGAAGUACGAACAUGACCACGAGAUCGCAGCUCUUAAGAACGCUCUGCCGGGCGAGGGGGACCCUAACGCAGCAGGCGUUGCCCAGAGCAGCGACAAGAUGCUCUCCGUUCAGAAAAACAACGAGAACAGGAGCCUGAAGACGAACCGGCUCUUCCCCACUCCGAACAAGCCAGACCCCAUGCCGCAGAAUCUGGCAUUCUUGUUCACGAAGAUCACACCGGAGCAGAUGAUAUACAUGUGGAAUGUGCUCACCGCAAUCUUCGUGAGCCAAGUGCUGAUGGUGAUCGGCUACUGUGUGGCCUUGGCAUGCUUCCCAGACUACUGGUGGACCUGCACGCUUUGCUUCGGCCUCCCUUUCUCUUACAUCGCCAUCCAGAACAUUUACAUUGAUCACGAUGUGAUGCAUGGCGCCACUUUCCCGGUUUACGAGUGGCAGCGCUUCUUAACUCAUCCGUUUGCGGACUUUUUCUCCCUCCCGUGGGAAGAAUUCGUCCUGGAGCACAACAGGCAUCACGCCUCCACGGUGGACUUGCUGAUCCAGGGCGAGUUCGGCUGGGACCCCGAGGAGUUCCACUAUGCUCUGCAGCAGUGGGCUGGACCAUGGAGCUCCAACUGGUACAAGUACCUGCUCACUGUGCCUUUCAUCCCCGUGAUUCACUUCUUCGGCCUGAACGACACAGGUUCCUUGUUCGCCUUGGAGUGGUGGAUGCACUUUCCUGACGAGGGUGCAGGGGGCAAGUGCAACAAGGAAUUCUGGAGCAAGUGGAUUCCACGCCGCAUCAAGCACAACGCCUUCGUGCUUUCGCUCUGGGCCUGCGUUUGGCUUCUCGGCACCUACCCUCUGGGACGUCCGCUGAGCGAGGGGUGGCGAUUCAUGUUCACCGUGUCUUUCUUCGCUCGCAUCGGCUACUCCGCAGCCUGGAUGUUCAUCACCAACUUUACCCACUCGUUACCUUGGAACGAGUUCCUCGCACAGGAUCCCGGCCGCACCUGGCCUGUCCUUCAUAACGUGAUGGCCAUGGUGCUGGGAGGAAAGCACCGCUGGAACGAAAUGCUCUUCCACGACGUCCAUCACGCAUUUCCUAAUGCGGUCGGCACGCUGAGCCAGCGCGGCCGCUUCCACGGCUGGGAGAAGGUUCAUGAUGCAGCGGCAGAAGUCCUGCACCGAGGGCUGUGGAAGCCUAAUGGCGAUGAGGAGACGCAGAUGCAGAAGACUCAGAAGAAGCUGCUCAGCUACGACGACAGCCUGGCAGAAGUUUCUGGGGAGGCCCAGCUCAAAGCUGGGUGCAACCUGGACAGGAGAUGCCAGAAGAAAGGUAAACGAGACCCGAAAACGCCCACUUUAGCCCUCAAGGUCACUCCUUUGCCCUGCGACUUGGUUCACGCCACCCCCCCGGACUUCCGGAAGCAUUUCCGCACUGGCUGGCAGCCCGAUCUCGGCGGUGUGUAUUUCACCAACCGGACCGACAUGGCGACGCGAGAUCCUGGCAUCUACAGCCUCUGUUGGUGCGAGAAGAGCACAGAAGGCGCCUGCGAGUCUCUGGAGGAUUACAACCUCUCGGCAGGCGGACUUGUUCUGGCUGGUCCUGUGAGGGAGCGCAAGACAAUCUAUGCCCAGUUUGGGGAAGAGUUCACAGUGAGUGUGCACAUGGUCCUCGUCACGGGCGAGAGCCAGCUCCGUCUCCAGUCCAGCUGUACGGAGGGUGCGGAGGUCUACGCCAAAGCCGUCUCGCUUGAGCGCGAUCGUUGGGGCCAGGUCUCGGAUGAAAAGAAUUUUUCGUUUGGCGAGCUCCAAGAAAAUGAGAGAAUGCCAGCUGGCACGUACAAGCUCUGCUGGUGUCGAGUCAGCUAUUCGUACAGCCCUCAACUGCUCUGCGAAGACCGUGACUUCAUCACCGCAGUUGGUGACGUGGUCAUCAAGUGCCCGGAGCACUUCUGGAGCGUGGGAAGCGGCAGCUGCCAGCCCUGCUCCUGGUUUUGGGAGGUGCCGAAUGAAAGCCGGGACGGCUGCAAGUUCGACUUUCUGAACACACUGGCGAUCCUCGCGAUCUUUACCUACAUCUUUUUCGGCUGCGCCAUGUUCUGCUACCAGCUGGAGGUACAUAUCAGCAACAAAGGCUUCAAGUUCCCGAUCCGUGGGCGGAAGAUCGCCAUUGAGGACGUCUCCUCCAAGCCGUCUUCUGUGGAGGACGAGAAGCAUGUGAUCGUCACAACUGUCGGUGAGCACAAGCUGUCCAAGAGACUCGGUACCAUUCCAAUCAUGUUCCGGCGGACGGAUCUCUUUGGCAUGGAGAAGGGCGCCGACGGAGAGGACCUCUGGUUUCGGCUGAAGUAUCACUCCAAGCGGAGCUUCCAGCUGCUGUCGCUUUCUGGGGAGCCGGUGCAGAGAGAGAGCGCUGAGACCUCACACGGCUGGAUCAUUCUGAGCGCUCAUCGCUCACUGCUCCACAGCAACACCUGGUUCGGCGUUCCAGUUGUCAUCAUCGGUUCUCUGCUGAUCAUCUGCGGCAUUCCGCUGCUACUCUACUCCUCCGACCGUCUACGCAUCCCCAUCGACGGUGGUGUGGUGGUAGUCACCUGGCUGAUCACCUUCAUUUUGGCCUUUGGUGGGUCGCAGAUGAUAAAGAUGGGCAUGACUACGAGAAAUGCGAUAUCUGACAAGAUCGAUCGCUUCAAGAGCAAGGUGUACCGUGUGAACCCGACGCCGCAUGCCUGCAAGCGGGGCGCGGAAAGAGCCCUGAACAUCAACCAGAUUGUGGAUUUGUACGAGGAGUUCAAGUCCUUCAUCCAGGACAGGAACCUGUACUACGUGGACAGCAACAUCGUGCGGCCGCUGACCAGGAGCUGCCAUCUCUCUCUGGCCGAGUUCGUGGGGCCCUCGACCGUGGACUGGUUUGUGUCCCACUACUGGGGCACGAACUUCUCCUACACUGUCAGAGCCUUGAAACUCCACGCCAACUCCGUGGGAAGAGAUUCUUUGAUCACUCAGAGCCGGAUCACGAUUACCGACGAGGCGUCGAAGUCCAUCGCUGCUACGAGCUCGCCGGUGAGCAGAGCGAGCGACUGGAAGAGUCCUGGCUCCAUCUCCUACUGGAUCUGUGCCUUCAGCGCCGGCCUCGGCAACAACCAGUACCGGAUCGACGAAGAGUUGGGAACCUCUCACGAGGAUUCGUCGUUCUACCUGGCGCUUCACAGUGAGUGGGUCGUGGGCACUGUCAUGGUGCUGGAUGAGCAAGCGCUUCCCUUGACGAGGUCCUGGUGCCUCUUCGAGCUCUUGCAGACCAUGAACCUCGAGCGGCAGAGGCCCAACUUCCACGGCCUCCGCUUCGCCACGAACACCGGGGUUUUGAACCUGGGCCAGUCGACCACCGAAGUGGCCAUGAACAUCGGCAAGAAGCUGUCCUCCCUGUCCCUCGAAAAUGCGAGUGCGACGCGAGAGCAGGAGUCGGAGUCGGAUGGGCUGAAACGUGUGAAAGAUCGAACGCAGAUCCAGGAGCUGAUCCUCAAGGAGCGGAAGAGCUGGGACGGAAUCAACGGCGAGCUCCGCAAGCACAUCAAAGACGCCUUAGGUGUAUGCCGGGACCACGUCGACCGGAGCUUUCAGGACAUCUUCCACAAGCUGGAGCACGGGAGCAACAACCAAGUGAGUAUGCGCGAAGCCUCAUUGUAG